AUGCUCUCCUCCCUAUCCCCUUACAUGGCGAACCCGCGAAAUACCCUUUCGCAAGUUCUCAACUUCGGACUCGUCCUCUCCUCCGCCUUCAUGGUCUGGAAGGCCCUAUCAGUCAUCACCAACUCGGCAUCCCCCGUCGUCGUAGUUCUGUCAGGCAGUAUGGAGCCAGCGUUCCAGCGCGGGGAUCUGCUGUUUCUGUGGAAUCGGAGUCCGCGCGUCGAUGUUGGGGAGAUUGUGGUGUAUAACGUGCAAGGCAAGGAUAUUCCGAUUGUGCAUCGGGUUAUGAGGGUGUUUCCGGAUGUUCCAACUACCGGGGGAGAGGACGUGGAAGGUGUUGAGGCGUCGCAAAAACUUCUCACAAAAGGCGAUAACAACCUAUCAGACGACACUGAAUUGUAUGCUCCGGGCCAGGAAUUUCUAGACCGAAAAACGGAUCUCAUGGGAAGUGUCAGAGGCUACGUGCCAGCUAUUGGCUAUGUUACGAUUAUGCUCUCCGAGCAUCCCUGGCUGAAGAGCGUUUUAUUGGGAUUCAUGGGAUUGAUGGUUAUGUUACAACGGGAAUAA